UUACCCGAGCGGAAAGAUUUCGCCCAGCACUCUCGGUUCGCCAGCCAAGAAGGAAGCAAGGACGAUGGCGAAGAUAGAGGUCGUCGGAGCAGCGCUGGUCGUGGCGUCGUUGUUGGCAGGAGCCUGGGCAGCUGUUCCCGGACCCACUGACCGUCGCUAUCCGGACUACAUCGUCAACCCUCCUGUACAGUGCACCGCUGAGGGAUCGUUUCACCAUCCAAGGAACUGCAGUUGGUAUUAUAGAUGUGUAGAUAGAAUGAAGAUUGGAUAUUUCCACACUUUUCACUUUGAGUGCGAACCAGGCACCGUAUUUUCCGACGACCUCGACCAGUGCGUGUUCCCCCACUUGAUCGGGCCCCCUUGUGGCACGGCAGGUGAAGGGCCAGUCACGCCGACACCCCCUGCGACCUGUGUCUUCGAAGAUCAGGACUGCUACACCCAGCAGCUGUGUCAGCCGGACGAGUCGAGGGUCUAUUGCACCAAGUGUCGAAGGGGACAGCAGACGAUCACGACAGGAAUCUUCUGUGGAGAAGCCGGGGCGGUGUACGACAAAGGCCUCGGGCAGUGUGUGCCGACGCCGGUGCCCGCCUCGCGCCAAUGCCCGACCCCCACUCCCCCCACUCCCCCCACUCCCCCCACUCCCCCCCCGACGCCCCAGCCCUGCAUCUUCGAAGACCAGGACUGCAAGACGCAGCAACUGUGUCAGCCGUCAGAGGAGAGAGUCAUUUGCGAGAGAUGCCGAAGAGGCCAAGAGAUCGUCACCGCCGGCAUCUUCUGCGGUGUUCCCGGGUUGGUGUACGAGAGAACACGGGGCUCGUGUGUGGCGGCAAAUAUCCCUGCCUCUCGCCAAUGUGCGCCGCCCACACCCAAGCCUCCCCAGCCCAUCGUUGACAGAUGUGUCUUCAACGCCAGCGUCUGCGAGAAACGCGAGCUCUGCCAACCCCAAGAAGUCGUGACGCUGUGCAAGCAAUGUUACUUUGGCGCAACACUCGUAGACUAUUGCGGGAAGAACAAGCUCUAUGACCUGGACCGGAAGAUCUGUGUACCGGAGCCUGACGCCUCGCGCAAGUGCCAGGAAGACAACUCCAUUGGCUCUCUCAGCUGCUUGUUCAACGACAGCGUCUGCGAGAAGAGGGCCCUGUGCAACCCGACGGAGACCAAGACGCUGUGCAAACACUGCUACGUCGGCGAGGCCCUCGUAGACUACUGCGACCAGAGCAAAGGGUUGAUCUACGACUUGGAUCUGAGAGAGUGCGUGGCCGAACCCGGAGAUUCGAGGGUGUGCAGUGCCUCCGUGAUUGGGCAGAACACAGUGGAAUGUACCGAUUCCAACACCCGUCCAGGACACGAUUGGAUCAAGAGGUUCUACUGCACUCGCUACAACCUGUGUGACGCUAAUAACAAAUACAAGACGGCAGUGAAUCUUUGCACCAACUACUACCAGUGUUACAAGAACGCAGAUGGUUCGUGGUUCGUGGAAAAGAGGAAUUGCGUCGGCGGCAAACUCUACAGCUUUGACAACGACAGAUGCGAAGACAGACCAUCAGAUGAUCAACUAUGCACCUAAGAACCUGAACCUAACCGAAGCUUCGUUACACAGCUGUGUUUUCCUCGAAGCUUUCAGAGGAAUAAAAGGUACUUUGUUGGUCAUAAACUUACUUACAAAACCACUUCUUCCACCUUGUACCUUUUUUUUUUUUUUUGUGUCGUGUCCCGUUGAAAAUAUUUUUUGUCAAGUAUUUAUUUAUGAAUAUCUAAUAUUUAUUGUGUACAAAUGAAAGCCUCAGAUGCCCCUGAGAGGAUUCAGAUCAUGUUGAUACUUACAAAUUGUUCUUUGCAUGUCUUUAUUGUUAGGUUUUGAAUAUUGUUGUUAGGUAUUUAUAUUGUUACUUGAAAUAAAAGUGCCAAACUAAAAGUUCCAUA